AAUAAAGGCCACAUCAAAACCCAAACUCGUAAUAUGCCCUCAUCAUAUUUCCGAAAAGAGAGGCAAGUAUCCAUCCUCUUUUUUCUUUUUAGUGUCGCUACCUGUGGCUGUGACUCUCCUUUCACCUUUUUCCAUCGCCAUCGCCACCAUUGUCCGCCGAAGACCUAGAUGAGAAAGGACUCCCCACCCCUCUCCUCCGUCGCCGGCGGCACCGUGGGUAAACUAUCAGUAUGUUUCGAAACUAAGCCCUUAGUGGCCACAUUACUAGCACUCACUCUGGUGAUGCUCAUCUGGAAUCUCCCUCCCUACUACCAAAACCUCAUAUCCACCACUCGUCCUUGCUCUGCCCCCCCAACAACCACAACCAUUACUACUACUUCUGUAAUCGCUUCCAAUGCUUCAUCGUUGCCUAUUACCUCCCCUGCCAGCUCAUUGUCCAAGCAAAAGUACUCCACCCCCUUCACCGACCCAAACAAGCGGAUUUUCCAGGCAUACGGCAACGCUGCCGCUCUCUUUGUUCAGAUGGGUGCAUACCGCGGCGGCCCAAGGACCUUUGCUGUGGUGGGGCUCUCUUCCAAGCCCAUUCACGUGUUUGGCCGUCCCUGGUACAAGUGCGAGUGGAUCUCCAACAAUGGUUCUUCUAUGAGGUCCAAGGCCUAUAAGAUGCUUCCAGACUGGGGUUAUGGUCGCGUCUAUACUGUUGUGGUUGUCAAUUGCACCUUCCCCGUGAAUCCAAAUCAGGGCAAUGCGGGUGGAAAGCUGAUGGUCAAUGCGUAUUACGGUGAAUCCCAGAGGAAAUACGAGAAGUUCGUUGCAUUGGAAGAGGCGCCAGGCUCUUACAACGAGUCCAAGUACCACCCUCCUUACCAGUACGAGUAUCUCUAUUGUGGGUCUUCUUUGUACGGGAAUUUGAGUGCGGCAAGAAUGAGGGAAUGGAUGGCUUACCACGCCUGGUUCUUCGGACCCAGUUCCCAUUUCGUGUUUCACGAUGCUGGUGGAGUGAGCCCUGAGGUAAGGGCUGCGCUUAAGCCAUGGGUGCGAGCAGGGAGGGCAACGGUUCAGGACAUUAGAGGGCAGGCUGAGUUCGAUGGGUAUUAUUAUAACCAAUUUCUGGUAGUCAACGACUGCUUACACCGGUACCGAUAUGCUGCCAACUGGACAUUUUACUUUGAUGUGGAUGAGUAUAUCUAUUUGCCAGAGAACAAUACUCUGGAAUCGGUUCUUCAAGAAUUCUCCGAUUAUACUCAGUUCACGAUUGAGCAGAAUCCAAUGUCCAGUGUGCUCUGUUUGAAUGAUUCCAUUGAGGAAUAUUCCAGGGAAUGGGGAUUCGAGAAGCUAUUAUUCAGGGAAUCAAGAGAGGGAAUUCGGAGGGACCGCAAGUACGCAAUACAGGCAAAGAAUGCAUAUGCAACUGGAGUUCACAUGUCAGAGAAUGUAAUUGGCAAGACCUUGCACAAGACCGAAACAAAGAUUCGUUAUUAUCACUACCACAACUCCAUUACGGUUCCAGGCGAAUUGUGCAGGGAAUUUGUGCCUCCGUCAGCCAAGAACAAUGUGACCUGGUACAAUAAGCUCCCAUAUGUCUAUGAUGAUAAUAUGAAGAAACUAGCCAGAAUCAUCAAGGAAUUCGAGCGGCAAACCAUUGGAAAUAUACAGGCUAAUUCAUGAUUGAUUUAUGUGCAAAAUAAGUUAUACCAUAUGUUGAAGCGUGGCCUGCGUCUUCAUGAUUCAUUCUUCAGCUUAAUUGAGGGGACUUUGCUGACAAUUCAGUCCCUUUUAGUCUUUCCUGAGAGUGCGAGGAUCUGACCCACCCACCCACCCACCUGUGCCUGGCCAGAAACGACCCAACAAAAGGUGGAAGAGACUCCAGUAUUGCUUUGCUUUGUCUAUAUAUUUAUUUAUUUAUUUUUAUAUCAACUUGAAAGGAGAGUGUUUUAAUUGUUCUUUUUUCUGUUUUUAUAAUUUGAUGAUUUUGAUAAAUUUGCAAUGUGAUCGUUUAAUGUAAAGAUGCCUUGAGUAAUAAUCUUCUUUCAACUCUUAA